AGGUGAGCGUUAGUAUCUAAAGGAGAGGACACGAGAACGCGACUGCCUGGAUCGAUUGGAUUAAACUCGUAUUGAGAGAAAUUAACACAAAGGAGAGAGGCAGAGUCGGCGAGGACGGGACACUGAGACGCCGACUUUACCGACAGAAUUUGAAUUUCGACAGUUAUUCACAAAAUUUAAGGGAUUUGAUUGGUGAAAGCCCUAAACUGACCCGCGCUGAUCAGGGUGCCUGACGCUGCGUUCUCUGAGAGAAUUAAGGAAAUAUGGAGUGACAUGCUGCAGAUUAGUUAGCGGAUUAGCGGCUUUGAGGACAUCCACCUCUGUGUGAGCACACAUUCCCUGUCCUGCUUCUGAAGCUUGGCUGCACAACAGGAGCACUGCGGCCAUGGCUGACCCAGGCAUGAUGAGCCUCUUCGGUGACGAUGGGAAUCUGUUCUCUGAUGAGCUGGAGGUCCUGGGGGACUGUGGCUACCCCCAAGGUCAGGCAAAUCCUAUGAGUCAACAGAUGCCCCAUGAGCACCAAGGCUAUGGGCAGCUGUCUUCUCUUAACCUCUCCUCACCUGCUGUUCCUGGACAGGCCAAGCACGGCCACCAUUUUGACCAUUUCAGUCAGUAUGAGCAGCCCAAGAUGCAUCCAAUGGACCAGCAGGGGGGCCGGAUGAUGGGGAAUGGACCAGUAAAUGGCAUGCCCUCCCCUCACUCCCGCUUUCAUAGUGCUCCACCAGGUGCAGGAGGGGCUGGAGGGCAUCACGUCUACCCAGGUGCACAAGGAGAUGGACGUAGCCAGUCAUUCUCAGAUAGUGGAAAUGCAUGGGUCCCUCAAGCAAUGCAGGUGCCUGAACAAGUGAGACCCCCUUUCCAACAGCAACCUCCACAACCCUCUCCUCAUCAGCAUGGCCCAGCUGCCCACCAAAUGGGCCCUUAUAUCGGUCGUGGCGAGUAUGCCAUGCAGGGCCACAACCAGACCAAAACGCCUCCGAGAAUGAACCACUUUCCACAAGGCCUCCCCCAGGAAGCCAAUUUCAUGGGUCACGUGGGUAUGACGCAAAAUCCCGGCAUGUCGGGACCCUCCAUGUGCCACCCAGCUCAAACUCCUCAGCAGCAUCAGCAACCUAAUCAGCAGUUUCUCCACAGGCCUGUCCAGGCCCUGGUCCAUCCAGAGUCUGUGGCUAGCCACAACUCUCAGUUCCCGCAAAGCCCUUCACGACAGCAGCAGCAGCAGCAGCAACAAGUCAUGGGCGGGAGACCCCACCAAAACUUGGGAUUUAUCAUGCACAACCAGCCAGUCUCUUCCAACACUGUAAACAGCUCAGGGCAGUACCCUCCCUAUCCUCCGUACGGCAACCUUAAUCAGGGAUUAGCCAACACUUCAGGGAUGAGUCCCAACUUGAGCCUUACCACCAGCAGCAACAGUAACCCUAAUGCGCCCGUGACCCAGGUGCAGCGCUACCCUGCUCCAACAGGGCCCCAGCGCUAUCAAGCUCCUGGGGCUCAACAGGGACCAAUGCACCAGCAGCCCAUUCAUGUGAACCAAAUCAACACCCAGCCUAUGCACCCAGCCCAGAGCCAAGCUACAGCCCAGCAGACGCAACAGCAUCUAGCACCUCCACCUCAGGGAUCAUAUGGCUCCCCUCCUUCCAUGUCACCUAUGAGGAACCUAGCUACCCCUGCAGGUACCCCUCCACCCCAGCAGGGCUGCCCACCAAUUGCCGGCUUGGGAACUGAUGUGGGUGUCUACCCUGGCCCAAUGGCUCACCCCCAGAGAGGAGCUGGCCCAGUGAAUGCAGCACAGCAGCAUCCCCACCACCAGCAGCUGCCAUCACAUCCCUCACACCCACACCCACAUCCGCCACCCACCCAGAUGUAUGCUGCUUUGUCACCCAAUCACAGGGCCACUAGUGUACAAGGAAGACCUACUGCAGGACCAGAUGCAAAACACGUAGAACCACCAGGCCCACAGGACCAGAGGCUGCUUUCCCAACAAGCGCAGCAACACCAACUGCAGACACCCCCAUUGCCUUUCCAGCAGCAACAGCUGCAGCAAGUGCAUACCCCUCCCAUGAUUCCUCCAUCACAGACACACCUGGCUGCACACCGUCAGAGCUCCCCUCCAUCUCAGCAGGCAUGGGCACCUCCUCACCAGUCACCUUCAAUCAUGCAGAAAGUGCCUUACAUGCAGCAUUCCCCAUCAGACCCUUCCCUGGAGAUUAUAUCAUCCAGUAAGAUACCUGUCUCAGGCUCAAACCUGCAACCAGCCAACUGUGACAUACAGCAGGCAGAGAGCAAGCUCAAGCCGAAAAAGAAGAAAGCCAAGGUGAGGAAAGGCCUGGAGGCUAGUGACAUCAGCAGUGAGGCCGGAGGAGCGGCGGCUCUGGUGAACGAGGGAGACUCUCUUGUGACUCUCUUGGAUCAGUCUGCCGUUGAAAAAAAGAGCAAGAAAAAACCAAAGGAGAAGGAGCCCAAGGAAUCGAAAGAGCCUAAGACUCCCAGAACUCAGAAGACUCCCAAGACACCCAAGGAACCUAAGGAGAAAAAAGUGAAGGCCACCACCCCGAAGCCUAAGACAUCCAAAAAGCCCAGUGCUAAGAAAUCUGAUUCUGAGUCCAGUGACAUCAAGAAUGAGGCAAAGCGCAAGAGAGAGCCCUCAGUCACCUCAGAUGUGGAGAAAACGCCGCCACGUUCACCAGAGGAAGAGGAGGAGGAGGAUGGUGUUCAGAAGAGACGAUCUAGCAGGCAAGUGAAGAGGAAACGCUAUACUGAGGACCUGGAGUUCAGAAUUUCUGAUGUAGAUGAUGACUCCCCAGGACCAAAGUCUCCAACCACUUCUGACCAGCAGGAGUUGCCGGAAGCGGAGGGCCCUGUGGUGGAGAAGAUUAUGGGGAUGCGCGUGGGAAAGAAAGAGCUGGAGUCGGGUGAAGAGGUGGAAGUUGAUGAGUUUUAUGUCAAAUUCAAAGGCUUUUCCUACCUGCACUGUCGCUGGGCAGAUAUUGAAGAGCUGGAGAAGGAUAAGAGAAUACAGCAGAAAGUCAAGAGGUUCAAAGCCAAGCAGGCCCUCAGUAACUUCCUAACUGAGAUGGAUGAUGAGCCCUUCAACCCAGAUUAUGUGGAGGUGGACAGGGUUCUGGAUGUGUCUGAAAGCACUGAUGAAAAUGGAGAGCCUGUAACUUUGUACCUGGUGAAGUGGUGCUCCUUGGCCUAUGAGGACAGCACAUGGGAACUAAAAGCCGACAUCGACCAAGGAAAAAUUGAGGAGUUUGAGAGAGUGAUGUUGCGUGAGCCAGAGCUAAAGCGCGUGGAACGACCUCCCGCUAGCGACUGGCAGAAAUCCGAGAGUUCCAGAGAAUAUAAAAACAGCAAUGCUCUCAGGGAAUACCAGCUGGAGGGAGUCAACUGGCUGCUCUUCAACUGGUACAACACACGAAACUGCAUUUUAGCCGAUGAAAUGGGUCUUGGCAAAACAAUCCAGUCGAUCACAUUCCUGUAUGAGAUAUGCCUGAAGGGAAUUACUGGUCCUUUCCUGGUGAUUGCGCCUCUUUCCACCAUUCCAAACUGGGAGAGGGAAUUCAGGACAUGGACCGAACUCAACGUAGUGGUCUAUCACGGUAGCCAGGCAAGCCGAAAGACCAUUCAGGCUUACGAGAUGUAUUACAGAGACUCACAGAACCGUGUAAUAAAGGGAGCCUACAAAUUCCAUGCAAUCAUCACCACAUUUGAGAUGAUCUUGACGGAUUGCCCCGAGCUACGGGGUGUGCCUUGGCGCUGUGUGAUCAUUGAUGAGGCUCAUAGGCUCAAGAAUAGGAACUGCAAGCUGCUUGAGGGCCUAAAGAUGAUGGACAUGGAACACAAAGUCCUGCUCACUGGGACCCCACUGCAGAACACAGUGGAGGAGCUCUUCAGUCUCCUCCACUUUCUGGAGCCAGAUAGGUUUCCCUCAGAGGCCACCUUCAUGCAGGAGUUUGGAGAUCUUAAGACAGAGGAACAGGUGCAAAAGCUUCAGGGCAUUCUGAAACCCAUGAUGCUACGGCGACUAAAGGAGGAUGUGGAGAAGAAUCUUGCACCAAAAGAGGAGACCAUCAUCGAGGUGGAGCUGACCAAUGUGCAGAAGAAAUACUACCGUGCUAUCUUGGAGAAGAACUUUGCCUUCUUAUCCAAGAGUGGAGGUGGUGGUGGUGGAGGCGGAGGUGGUGGAGGAUCCAGUGUUCCCAACCUGCUGAAUACCAUGAUGGAGCUGAGAAAGUGCUGUAAUCACCCCUACCUCAUCAAUGGUGCUGAAGAGAAGAUUAUGGAGGAGUUUAGGGAGAGCCACCCCACAGACCACCCAGAAUUCCACCUCCAGGCCAUGAUCCAUGCUGCAGGAAAACUGGUGCUGAUCGACAAGCUGCUCCCCAAACUGAAGGCUGGGGGUCACCGUGUGCUCAUCUUUUCCCAGAUGGUGCGCUGUCUGGACAUCCUGGAGGACUACCUUAUUCAGAGACGGUAUCCAUAUGAACGUAUAGAUGGCAGAGUUAGAGGAAACCUCCGCCAGGCAGCUAUUGACCGCUUCUCACGACCAGACUCGGACCGUUUUGUGUUCUUGCUGUGCACCAGGGCUGGAGGACUGGGUAUUAACUUGACUGCAGCUGAUACCUGCAUCAUAUUUGACUCUGACUGGAAUCCUCAGAAUGACUUGCAGGCACAAGCUCGAUGCCACAGGAUCGGACAGAGCAAGGCUGUGAAGAUUUACCGCCUGAUCACCAGAAACUCCUACGAAAGGGAGAUGUUUGACAAGGCCAGUCUGAAGCUGGGACUGGACAAGGCCGUGCUUCAGUCCAUGAGCGGGAGGGAGAACGCUGCCAAUGGGGUUCAGCAGCUCUCUAAAAAGGAAAUUGAGGACCUCCUGCGGAAAGGAGCGUAUGGAGCUCUAAUGGAUGAGGAGGAUGAGGGCUCCAAGUUCUGUGAAGAAGACAUUGACCAGAUUUUGCAAAGACGAACACAGACCAUUACUAUUGAAUCAGAGGGAAAAGGCUCAACGUUUGCAAAGGCAAGUUUUGUGUCCUCUGGGAAUAGAACAGACAUUUCUCUGGAGGACCCAGAUUUCUGGCAGAAAUGGGCAAAGAAAGCAGAGCUGGACCUGGAUGUGAUCAAUUGUAGGAAUAAUCUGGUGAUUGACACUCCACGGGUCAGGAAGCAGACACGUCACUACAGCUCUAUGAAGGAGGACGAAUUGAUGGAGUACUCUGAGCUAGAGAGUGACUCAGAGGACAAGCCCAUUCAGAAACCAAGAAGGCCCCAGGACCGAACCCAGGGGUACCCCCGCAGUGAGUGCUUCAGAGUGGAGAAGAACCUUCUGGUGUAUGGCUGGGGCCGCUGGGGUGACAUCCUGUCCCACGGACGCUUUAAACGCCCGCUGAGGGAGCGAGACAUAGAGACCAUCUGCCGCGCUCUCCUGGCGUACUGCCUGCUCCACUACCGUGGAGAUGAGAACAUCAAGAGCUUCAUCUGGGACCUCAUCACUCCUACUGAGGCCGGACAGAGCCGCACGCUGACCAACCACUCUGGACUGUCUGCGCCAGUGCCCAGAGGCCGUAAAGGGAAGAAGGGGAAGCCUCAGGCUCCUCAGCCCCACAUGCCACAGGCUGACUGGCUUGCUGACUAUAAUCCUGACAUCCUCCUUCAAGAGGACAGUUACAAGAGACACCUGAAACACCACUGCAACAAAGUGCUGCUGCGGGUCCGGAUGCUGUACUAUCUGCGACAAGAAGUCAUCAGAGACCAGGCAGACAGAAUACUGGAGGGAACCGAUUCAAGUGAGCUGGAUAUCUGGAUCCCACAACCUUUCCACGCCGAUGUCCCUACUGAUUGGUGGGACCUUGAAGCGGACAAGUCCCUCCUCAUCGGUGUUUUCAAGCACGGCUAUGAGAAGUAUAACUCUAUGCGUGCUGACCCCACCCUGUGUUUCCUGGAGAGGGUGGGCAUGCCUGAUGCCAAGGCCAUCGCUGCCGAGCAGAGGGGAGCGGACAUGAUGGCAGAUGGUGGCGAGGGAGAGGAGGAAGACCCUGAGUACAAGCCUCUUCGAACAACUUUCAAAGACGAUCUGGAUGAUUUUACAAACUCUCCUCUGGAUGAUAAAGAUGAUGGCAUUGAUGGCGAGAGUGGAGAAGCCUCCGCUCCUAAGCCUGGUGAAAAUGGGAAGGCAGGCAAUCUGUACUGGCCACCAGCCUCAGCACUGACUGCCCGAUUGCGGCGCCUCAUCACGGCCUAUCAGCGCACACAUAAACGCGAGCAGUUAAGGCAAGGAGCUAUGACCAAACCUGACCGCCGCCGUCGCCGCCCACGUGAUGACAUCCUCUCCAUGGUAACAGAGGGAGGAGCUUAUGCUCCGGAUGGGGCAGUGGCUUUUCUGGCUGAAGGAGGGCCAUUCAUGGUUAAGGGUCAGGCAUCUUUCAUGCCUGACAGUGCCGCCCUGCUGGCUGAUGGAGCUGCCUACUUCAAAGAACGACGACAGAGAUGGACAAGACGUGAAGAGGCCGAUUUCUACCGUGUGGUGUCAACAUUCGGUGUGGUUUAUGACAUCCACAAACAGUGCUUUGACUGGUCACAGUUCCGUGCUAUUGCCCGUCUAGAAAAGAAGACUGAUGAGAGCCUGGAAAAAUACUACUACUCCUUUGUGGCCAUGUGCAAGCGGGUGUGCCGGAUGCAUGUCAAAGCAGAGACCGAGCUGCCAGACCCCACCCUUAUCAUUGACCCCAUUACAGAGGAGCGGGCCUCACGGACACUCUAUCGCAUUGAGCUGCUGCGGCGGAUCAGGGAGCAGGUGUUGCCACACCCACUGCUGGAGGAGAGGUUGACUCUGUGCCAACCCAGCCCUGACCUCCCGACCUGGUGGGAGCCUGGACGUCAUGACCGAGACCUCCUGCAGGGUGCUGCAAAGCACGGUGUUAGCCGCACAGACUACCACAUCCUCAACGACCCCGAGCUGAGCUUCUUGGAGGCCCAUCGGAAGUUCACACAAGGCAAAAACACAGAACUGCCCGUAGCCUUGGAAUUCCUCACCCCUCUGGCUGUGGUCAAAGAUGAGGAGGUGAAGGAAGAGCAGGGAGAUGUGGUGGUGCCCAAGGUGGAGAACGGUAACAAUACUGAGGAGGUCAAAGAAGAGAAAGCUGAAGUCAUGUCUCCAAAAGAGGAAGUAAAGAAAGAAGAGGAGGCUAAUGAUAUAGGUUUUAAGCAGGAGCCCAAAGAGGAGAAGAUGGAAGUGGAGGAGAAAGAAGAUAAAACAGAAGUGAAGACCACCAAGGAUGAGCAGAGUAGUCCUGAGGCUGGCAUGGCUGAGGAGGUGAAGCCCAUGGAUCAAGACCCCACAGACAGACUCCCUACCCCUGAGGCCAAAAACUAUCUGGGGGAGGACGCUAAAUUAUCUAAUGACAAAACCUCUGAAGAUGAUGAGGAUGAAAAAAUGGACGAUGAUGACAAAUCAGAAAAGUCUUUACAAGCUGAAGCUGGAGCUGCAUCUGAGAGGAAGAAUUUCGAUGAGGAGAGUAAUGCCUCCUUGAGCACUGCUCGUGAUGAGACCAGAGACUGCUUUAGCAUCGAUGAAGUGGAGCUGUCAGCGCCUCAGAUGUUCAGUGAACACUCUCUCUUCUCUUUCUGGCCUAAGGACAGGGUAAUGAUCAAUCGUAUGGACAACAUCUGUGAAGCGGUCAUGAAGGGCAAGUGGCCUUCCAACAGGAGGCAGUUCUUUGACUUCCCGGGCCUGUUGCCUGGCUACGGCUCCAUGGCAACGGACAGCCCCCUGCAGAGGCGGAGUCUUGGUGAUCUCUCAAUGGUGGGUCAGACCAGCUAUAGUGGCAGUGAGGACCUCACCAUGUCACCACAGGUCAACAAGAUGUCGACUGAUCAAACACACUGCACACAAAAACAGGUGAAAACAUCAGUGAUAGAGAUGGAUGACGUGUUGAGUCUGUCGGUACCUCGGCAGCGCAGACGCAGGAGGAGGAAGGUUGAGAUUGAGGCAGAGCGUGCUGCCAAGCGCAGGAACCUGAUGGAGAUGGUAGCCCAGUUACGAGAAUCGCACGCUGCUGAAGGCCAGGCCCAGGCCUUGGAUCUGACCAAGGCCCUGCAUGGUAUGUCCUCAUCUUCUGCCUCUGCCUUCUCUGGAGCCAUGACCUCUUCUACAGCUCUGAAGGCACAAAUGGAGCUGCUGCAAGCAGGUGCUUCCUCCAGACCAAGGGCCAAUGGCUCUUUACUUGAUGCUGAACUGCCCAACCGGAGAAAGAGAGGCCGCAGGAAAAAUGUGGAGGGCUUGGAGCUGCUUUUUAUGGGGAACAAGAGAGCACAACUCAGUGCUGAAGAUUCAGAUGGGACCAAAGCUUUUGUGGAUAGGGCACAUAUGCCAGGACGGGCACACAGACACCUUUCAUCUCCAGCACAGAAGGCCCCUGAUGAUGGCCUAGAAGAGGGAAGCCAUCUUAGAGAAGAUGGAUCCAGCAGAAAGGACCUAAGGGAAUGGCUGAGACAGCACCCCACCUAUACUUUGGAUAUGCCUGGAUACGUACCAAAGAAUGAGGACCUCCGACUCUCCCAGUUUGGCAAGCCCAAACAGAAAAGACACCGCUGUCGCAAUCCCAACAAAAUCGACAUUAACACUUUGACCGGGGAGGAGAGGGUUCCUGUUGUAAACAUUAGGAAUGGAAGAAAGAUGGGAGGAGCCUUGGCCCCUCCAAUGAAGGAUUUACCACGCUGGCUUGUUCAAAAUCCAGAAUUUGCCAUCGCCCCAGAUUGGACAGAUAUUGUGAAACAAUCGGGCUUUCUCCCAGAGUCCAUGUUUGACCGUCUCUUGACUGGGCCAGUGGUCAGAGAAGAGGGUAUACGCCGCAGAGGCCGACGACCCAAAUCUGAGAUUGCCAAAGCAACAGCAGCAGUUCAGGCAGCUGCUGCUGCAGCAGUGGCCUCCACCUCCAGCGUUAAUCCUUUGUUGAUGAACGGACUGUUUGGAGGUAUGGACCUGACUAGUCUGCAGGGCCUGCAGAAUCUCCAGAGCCUCCAGCUGGCCACAGGCCUCAUGGGCUUUCCCAAUGCUCUAGGAGGAGGAGCAGAUGCAAAGCAUGCUGCAGCUAUGCUGCCUCUCAUGCUUCCAGGCAUGGGCGGCCUACCCAACAUGUUUAGCCUGGGUGGGCUGUUUGGAGGAAACCUAGCCGCAGCUGCCACAGCCACUAAUGGAGGCACAGAACAGGCCGAGUCUGAGGAGAAAUCCAAACCCAAAAAAGAUAAGACCGAGGAGGAAGGAGAGGAGAAAGAGAAGGACAAGGAGGCGGAGAAACCAGCUGAAACAGAGUCUACUGAGGCUACAGUAGACGCUGCUGCGCUUGCUGCGGCCGCCGCUGGCAUGUCUGCCAACGCACUGGCCUUCAACCCUUUCUUGCUUUCCACAAUGGCCCCAGGCCUUUUCUACCCAUCCAUGUUCUUACCUCACAGUCUCGGAGGCUUGGGCCUCCCAGGCUUCCCUCAAGUUUCUCUAGCUGACCUCCAGAGCGCCGUGUCAGGGGCCUUAGGGGCCACCGGUGAGGACAAGGAGUCCAGUAAAGUGCCCCGCGCAGAUCAGGACCAGAAUGCCUCCGCGGCUGAUGUGGAAACUGCUGACAACACACUUGAAGACAGUGACUCAGAGGAGAGCCAGAACAAGACAGCUGAUUCGUCAGUACUAGAUGAUGACCUGGCAGGGCCAGUUGAUGAAAUGGACUCCAUGGAGGGUGGAAUGGAUGAGGAUGAUGAGGAUGAUAUGGAUGACCCUGCUAAUGAGGACAAAAGUGACUAAAAAGUCAAAUAGGCCUUCUGACAUUUCCCCAGGGCUGUGAACAUGCAGUCUGUAACUCUGACAGAAUGGUUAGACCAGUAGUUUACAUGCCAACUCAAUAUCCAAAACACCUUUUUGAAUUUGGUUGUUUGGUUUUCAUUGACCGGUAAUGUAAGAGAAAAGCAAAUUAGCCGUCUCUAUAACCAUUAGCAUAGGCAGGGAUGAAGCAAAGAGAAGUAGAGUUGUGUGGAUGUCAAAAGGGUUUUUUCUUUUUUUUUUAUUAUUUUUUUUUCUUCUUUGUCUUUGGCACUGUGUGGUGCCUUCUAGAUGAGAUGGAAAUUUCCUGAAAUAUUAUAGGAAUUAAUCGUUCCAAUAGUGCUAUGCUGCUCUGUUUUAUUUUAAUAUUAUUGUUUUGUUUUUUGUAAUUUCUCUCUCUCUACUGUUGAUAAUGUAACAAGUAGCAUCUCGUAAUAUUCAGCGGUGUACAAUUUAACAGCAUUAAGACACUCCACUGCUGAGAAUGGAUCAUGGUUUUCGUUGUACUGUUCUGCUGAGAGGAGCAGGUGAAGUUCUCACAUAUCAUAGCCUAAACUCAGACUGUUCCCAGUCUCUCACACUGACAAUCCAAACGGGUGAGGAGACCUCUCGACCUGUGGAGACAGCAAUAACGAAGGCAGCUUUUGAAUGUUGAAUUUUACUCUCUUGACUAAACACCGGAAAGUGUGGAAAAAUGACAUGAAAUAAAUUACUGCAGUCAAAAUUGUCUCAUUGUAUCCAUGUUAAUGCACUGGUGUAAGAAUAAAAUCAGGUACCUUUAUCUAUUUGAAUGGACUUUUGUUACUUUAGCCACAAAGCUGAACAGCAUUACCUCAAUUCUAACUAGCCUUGAAGUUUACAGACCUGUUGUAAAUUUUUUUUUUUUUUUUUUUGUCUUUCUUUUUGAUCAUGUAUGAUGAACUGUAAAUUGCUGCCAACUGUAGUAAUGAUGCUUUUAAUAAAAGUGACUCCCGAUAUUCGCCUAGGAAACCAAAA